GCGGGAGGGCGCAGGGGGCCGGAAGCUCCGGGCGGCGGGCCGUCACCCCUGACCCGGAUGCGGCCGGUUGUGGCUGGAGACCGGCGCCCGGGGACACGAUGGCGGCCGCUUUCCGGAAGGCGCAGAAAUCGGUGCAGCGGGAGCACCGGGAGCGGAGUCAGCUUGGAUCUCGAAAGCACCUGGGUUUCUUGGAGAAGAAGAAAGAUUACCAGCUCCGCGCACAAAACUACCAUCGCAAACAAAACGUCCUAAAGGCACUACGCCAAAAGGCAUUAGAUAAAAAUCCAGAUGAGUUCUACUUUCGAAUGACCAGGAACAAACUCCAGGAUGGAGUUCACAUCAUCAAGCAGCCUAGAGAGGAAGCAACAGAAGAGCAGCUGAAGAUUAUGAGAACACAAGAUAUUAAAUAUGUAGAAAUGAAACGUGCUAUUGAGACAAAGAAAAUUGAACAGCUCAAGUCUGAACUCCAUUUUUUAGAUGCUGAUGGAAAGUCCCCUAGUAAACACAUCUUCUUCUGCAAUUCUAAAAAGGAAGUGAGAGAAUUUGACUUGGCAAAGCGCCUCAAUACUGUACCAGAGUUGGUGGACCGAGUGUACAACCGACCAACUAUUGAAACAUUACAGAAGGAGAAAAUCAAAGGAGCCACUCAUCCCGAUGCUCUGGAGAAACUUGCUCGACAGAGAAAGCACCAGUACUCCCUUCUGAAACAACACAUUGAGAGAGAGAGGAAAAUGUUUGUGAUAACCCAGAAAAUUCAGACGCGAAAAGACCUAAUGGACAAGACGAAGAAGGUGAAAGUACAGAAAGAAACAGUGGACUCUCCGGCCAUUUACAAGUUUGAAUUCAAGAGAAAACGCUGACGUAUCUUCAACAAGCAGUUCAAAUUUUGCAUACCCUUUUCCAGAAGAUUUUCUGCAAAUAUUGUUUUUCCCAAUAUUGCCUUUUUAUGACAUCUAAUAUUUAAUGGUUGGCUCUUAUCAUUGUAAUGUUAAAUGAACUGAUACUAUAAAUAUACCAAAAACGCAACCUUAAAAAUAUAAACCUAACAGUCCGUAAAAAUCUUAAAAUGUUAAUGGUUCUUAUUAGCAGCAAACAUAGUCCGUGAAAUAAGUUUUAUACCUGUGGAUGCCAAAAAAAAAUCCAGGACCUUCGAGUUUUCUGAGAACUACGUCCCCCUGGCGCCAAUAAUUAAACCAAGGAAUUCGACUGCAGCAAUACCUAAAUUGUCCUUCAUGGUCAAUUCCAAAUGAUGGCAAUUGUUCAAUUUCUCAAUUAAAAACGGCACCUGGAACUGGAGUUGUUUUCAAAGUGGAUGGAAAUGCCCACCACCUGCUGCUCUUCCUUCCUUAACAAAAACAGUGUCCAGAUUCCAGUUGUGUCCAUCUCGAUCUAAAAACCUUUGCUCUUUAAAAACAGUAAAACCCACAGCUAUACCUCUAUAACAUAAAAUAUCUAAAACCUUAUUAUGUCUACAUAUCCACGGCUGUUUCACUGCAAGACACAUACGUAGCACAUGGCUCAAAGUUUCCCUAGCCAACCCACAUCUCCUACACAUCCUAUCUAUGUAUGGUCUGGCCAAGACCAGCGUAUUCCUUACCGGGUAUGAGUUUGACCCAGGAGCAGGGCUGUAAUAUGUUCUGACUGUUUAAGGGGUGUAGAAACCCCUUAUCGAGCUAUGGGAUUGGGGUUCAUUCUUGUAACAGUGAAUCCCAAUCCCUUGAUGACUCAGCCUGCUCCAGCGGUCGAAGUCAACAUAACUCCAGUUGUUCCUCCCUACACUGACCUCGACUUUGCUGGCAUCGUUCUUGACACCAUCCUCUAAGUAGCACGUGGCGUUGAGUCAACCCAGUUUCCAGUAUUUCUCAAUAACUAUCCAUAUCACUACCUGCAAAUUGGAAGCUUAGCCUCACUAUCUUGUCAACUGAUAUCUUACAAUUGAUGUACUUCCUUAUAAUAGACAGGGGAAUCUGAGUGUCCAGUAUGGGGAUCGAUAAACCAAGAUACCUGAUCCUAGGAUAAAACAAAUCAUUUAUCACGCUCUUGGGGAGGUGUAGAUGCUGCUUAAUGAAGUUUCUAAUUGCUUCAUCCAGUUCAACAAAGACAUUCUGAGGGGCUUCAUUUAAAGUCAGGGAGUAGUAAAAUCAAGGGAUGGCGAAGGUUUUAAAAAGCUCUACCUUUUGGGUAGGCUUAAGCCUAGCCCUAAAGCCCUACCCCAUCCCUCGAGUUUACUACUCCACUCAUUAAACAACCGAUCCAUGGAUCGAUCCUAGUGCCAAGGUAUUUUUCCCAAUCACCGGGGCUGAUAAAACUAAUCUUACAUUUGUUGUAGAGCCAGUUAUUGAUGGAAUUAAAAACAAAACCUGUUCUUAAAAGUCAUAAAAAAAUCUGGCAGUCUUAUUGAGAUUCACCUCAAGGCUGAUUUUCUGUAACACCUCUAAUACUCUCUAAUACCUUGAGAUUUUUGGACAUGCCCUUGUGAGAAUCACUAACAAGGACCACAUCAUAGGCAAAAGCAGCAAGUAUUUUCCAUACUGAGAUGGAACCUGGACCCAUCCCUAUCUAAUGAACAUAAAAGAAUGUCCAUCAUGAUAUUAAAUAAGAAAAAGGAAAGUGGGUCACCCUGCUUUACCCCCCUUAACACAGGAAUGGGUCCGGUCCUGGCUUUUCCAUUCUCAAUAUGAGUGUCAGAAUUUGUAGACAUGUCAUCUUUUAGCUCCAAGAAAUGGGCAUCAACCCACAUCCAACAAAAAGCUUUAAUAAUAAGCUUACGGCCAACAGUCAAGAACCUUAGAAAGGUGAAUAAAACAACUGCCUGCUUUUUAUGA